CAGGUUGGCUGCAGAGCUGCAGCUCCAAUGCCAGGCCAGGGGAGAUAUGGAACUGGUGUGGAGCUUUGACAGUAAGGUGUCAGGCGCCUCUGGCAGCUUGCUGGAGACAGCUUUUAAACAGUGGGACUCCCAGGGGAAUCUGGAGUGCAACAGCCACCACAACUUCUCACAUCCCGUCUACAUUGUUUUAACAACAGACAAGGGCUUCCUUGGCCUCCUGAGCGGCCUCCCAAAGGAACUUCAGAAACUGUUUCCUGUCACCACAUGGCGGGAAUCCCAUAGCUCAGCUGAGGAAGAUUCUGGGUUUCUGCUGGAGUUCGCCUCAGUAGAAAAUAUCAGUCAUGGUGGUAUGGAAAUUAAUUCUAGCAGGAUGAGAGGAAACAAGAAUGACAUGAAAAAGGAAGUGAGGAGUGUCACUGGAAUUCUGAACCCAGCCGCAUGUCUCCAUUUGGGUGAUGUUCUACUGUUUACCGUCGACACACGUCACUAUCCUCAGUAUGAUCUAGACAGCCUGUACAACACUAACAGUGACUUUGACUGGGGUGCAUUUAGACAGCUUAAAGAGGAGAUGACUUUGUCUUGGACCCCACCCAGCUUCUUCUCCAUGGUCUUUAAUCAGCCUGGUGUGCAUGUCUUUACUCUGAGCAGCAAUCAGCACAAACGCUUGUAUGUACGGGUGAUGCCUGCAGGGGCCCAGUGUUAUGAGCCUGGCCCCUUCUUCCCCACCAUCCCUCGCCAUGUGACUAGGGUGGGAAUCCGUAGGAGAAGCAACCUGUUACUUCGCCCAGAUUGGAUGGUGACUGGAGGAUUGCUAUUUGGAGCUGUGGUCAUCCUGUGUUUAUGUGUCACAGCCCUGAUACUGUUUCGUGAAUAUGGAUGGCCAGAGAAGAAGCCAAUCAGAGCACGGUAUCGCUUAUUGCAGUUGGCCUACCACAUGGAUGACUACUCAUCCAAAGGUUCAAGGGUGAUCUCACUUAGGAAGACUCACCGUAGCCAGCAAAUCAGAAUGACACAAGACUCCAUUCAAGCAGUCUGUGGUGACCCGUUAGAAGAGUUCUGGGAUUAUGAGCACCAGGUGGAUCUGGAGGCAUUCAGCAGCAACACCUUCUACAGCCUGCUGCUCAAACAGAGCCUGUCUGUCACCACACAACUGGGACACCUCACUUCUGAGGUGAAGGACUUAUACCAGGGAGUGCUCGGGAAACUGCAGCCACUCCAUCCACACCUGCUCACACAGGAGACAAUGGGGCAGGGCUGUGAGAGGAUCCAGAGGGAGGUGGAGAGGGAGGUGGUGCGACGAAAGACUCUGGCCUCAAAAUUAAGAACUCUGCUGGAAAGUCAGCUACAGGUUCUGAGGGAAGAGCAACGGGCCCAGCAGAGAGUCCACGGUGUGUUUACGGCUCAUCUCAGAGAGUGCACCAGAUUACUGUCCAAGAUUCAUAACACCAACCAGUCAUUUUGUGAAGCACACCAGCAAAAUGUGAUACAGAGGAUAACAUCCCUGGUGGAUGAGAUGGGAGAGCUUCUAUCAGGAGCAUGUCAGCGUCAGGGCGCCUGGGAAAUAUUGGGUGAGGGAACAGGAGCCAAGCUUCUUUGCCCAGACUCUGGAACUGUGCUGACCAAAGAGCACAUCUUUGGUCCUGAUGGGUCCCUGCGUGUCUGCCGGGCACUUCAUUGUGAUCCAGUCACAGGCCUUAUCAAACCAAAUGCUCACGCCCAUAUGUUGCUGAGCAGCUGCCACACCACAGCAGUGCCAACCGAUUUCCUUCUGCAUCCGCAGACUGGCCGAGUUAUGCCCAUUGCUGGCAAUGUGGCCUAUGAUCCAGCAAGCUCGACCUUGGUGUUUACAACCAGCUCUUGUACAGGUGACAACAGAAAGUGGGACAGUCCUCUUCUUCCAUUUAUUCCUUAUCCAACCUCUGGCCACUCAGACCAGCCUCUGUCCAGUGCUCGCCUCAGAGGCCUCAAACCUGGUCAGAGACUGCAGCUUGGAGCUCCCAUGGCAGACCCAGACACGGGGGUCCCAGUACCCAUUCUGGCUGUGACUAUCCACCCUGAGACCGGACUUGUCUACCCACUGGGAGGAGUGCAUGUCUGCCCUGUCACCUGCCUGCCUCAGCCUAUACAGAUUGGUUACCCCAUGCUGGACCCCAGGACAGGGAACAUUGUGCUCACAGUUGGCGUCAGUUUAGAUCCAGUAACAGGAGCUGUGCUGCCAAUAGGUGGAGUUCUGCUGGCUGAAUCCUUCAUUGAUCCUCUGAGUGGUUGCAUGGUGAGGGUAAGAGGAGCCAGCAUGAGGGCAGGACAACUGGUGCCUAAUACAGGAGGAUACCAGGCUUUACUAGACAGCAAGGUUCUGGCAACAAUGUUUAAAAUAUUGGAUCUCCUGAAGCCACAUAAUGAGGAGUGGGGUUCAGAUUCAGCUUUGCAGCCUCAUCCGAGCAGUGAGAGAGGGAGUGGUCAGCAUGAUCAUCUUCUGGCUGCCACCAAGGAGCUUCAGCAGGCCUGGGGAAGGAGCCUGCACUGUCAACUCCAGCUACAGACCAAGCUGGAGAUCCUGCUGGACUGGGCUGUGGAACUUCAGCAGCAUGGAGGAACUCUUGGAGAGAUGCCUCUGUCAGACUCUGAUGUGUGUGUGCCAGCUCUGCUAGGAGUGGAGUACCCUGACCCCAUGGGAUCUGGUCUUAGUGUGCCUGUGCUGGGAUGUCAGACUGACAUUGUCUCUGGGAUUACAGUACCCUUGGCAGGCACCAUGGAGGACCCAAAUGGGAAAGGGCUAGUGGCGAUCCGAUAUGGAUCUCAGACUGUGGACCCAGUGACCGGUGUAUUGGCCCCAGUGGUCGGAGCCAGGCUGGAUGUCACCAGAAAAAACAUCUUGCCCGUUUCAGCUUCCUACUGGCUAACAGUGGUGGAUCAGACGGAUAGUGUGCAGGUAGAGGCGCUGCAGAGAGAGGUUUGUGUGAGAAAUACUUACUGGCAACAUCAGAGGCAGCGUGAGAAAGAUAUUCUCUCUGAACUGGACUCAGCUUUUUCCCAGCAUCUCUUCAGAAUCACCAACAUUAAUUCUUCUCAGGUCCAGUGGUCAGGGAGACAGCUGAGGGAAGCAUCUGUGGAGCUGCACGAUUCAUCGCAGUCCGAGGCUCAGAGGAGAGCUGCUCAGCACUGGCACUUGGCUCUGAUCCUGCCUCAGCAUGUUUUUCACAUCCUUACACAAGGUGAUGAGGAGGAGUGGGCUCAGGAGAAUGUUUGGCAUUCAGAGGUUUUGUCAGGCCUCGAUAAGGUCGACGUGUGUAUGGAGCAGCUGCAGCAAGACCAAGAAAAUUGGACAACACACGGAGGAGACUGGGAUACAACUCUUCAUGCUGUGGACAGAGAGGUGAGGCAGAGAGAGUUGUGGGAGCAGUGCUGUUCCAUACAGUCAGAAUUGGAGGCUGCACUCAUUGCUUUGCACUUUGUCAGACACCUUUCUCAGCUCCGUGCCGACACUGCUCAGGCCGUGCUGUGUGGGAACUUUUGGUACAAAGACUAUGGUCUGAUCAAGUGCUGUGGGCAAAGGCAGACAAAGGUCUCCGGUUUGCUUCACCACAAGGCUCUGCCUCUGCUGGAAAGAUUGAAUCAACUUCUGGAUGAAAAACACUGUGCUAGUUUUUCUACUAACACUAGCAAUCGGCACAUUUCAGGUUUAUCAACAAAACAGGCCUACGGACUGGAGAUAGCCUCUAGAGUCUGGACAACAUCUGUGCCUGGGGUGAAAGGAAUCUCCACACAGUCUCUGAGGGAGCCCGUCAAUUUGGCUCAAUCCCUCGACAAUGGUCUGCAGGCCAGCUCAGCACAGACACGCAACUCACAAAGACAGACUGCGUCUUCUGGCAUCCAUUCCCAGGAGAGCCAACCUACAAACAACUCUGCCCAGCCUUCACACAUCUCUGUCCCCGCAGUUCCAGAGGAGGAGUGGACCAAGCUGCUGGGGCUCUCACCUCUGUUCCAGCUGCUUAAGAAGGUGGAUCAACAGCUACAGGGCUCAGCAUGUGGGGCAGGGAUUCUUAGAGGCGGGAUCAAUGACAGAGACAACAGUUUUGUGGAUAUCCUUGAUGCUCAGUGGGAAUGUGAGGGAGAGCUGAUUCCUUUAGAUCCGUCAGUCCUGAACCCCAGGGAGUUCCUCGUCUACCACCAUGGACUCUUUCUGAUGCAAACAUUGUGUAAUCUAAAACUGACUCCAGCCAUUUCAAUUCAGAUAGCCGCAAGUCUCCCAAAGAACAACUAUUUGAACAAUGCCUUCAAAAAUUCCUUCUUUUAUCAGGAGGCAGAGGAGAUGCUGUUUGUUCGUCGCCAGAGGCUCCAGUCAGUGGGAGGUUUCUCUCUGCUGCUGCUCCACUGUCUGUCCCAUGUGAAAAUGAGGGACAUGAGCUCUGACUCUAGUCCUGCCUUCCAGAGGCUGUUCUUCAAGGUACUGCAGGCAUGCUUGGGAGAGCUGUUUCAUUCCAGAAUCGGCAUGUGCUCCACAGGACAGGAAGCCAAUUUACGUGUGUGUUUUCAAGACCCAGAGGCCCCUUCUGGGGACAAACAUGGAGGUGUGUCAGAUGUACAUGCUGCCUCCGUGCUUUACAAGCUUCACAAAUCAAGCAGAGGAUUGCUUUCUGAAGGCGAAGUGGAGGAACUUCAGAGGAAACACAGAGAAAUCUUUCCCAUCUUGAAGGACUUUUGAGAGAGAAGAGCUCUGAGGCCACGGAGAAAAAUCAAGACCAGAUUGCAUAAAUACAAGAUCAACAAAGAAAAACCUCUUGUUUUUCCACGACAUUUUGUCCUUUAAUAGAAAGACGAUCAGCUACACACUGCUCAAACAAAGAUUGUUGUGUUGUGGGCUGAUUGUUGUUGUGUAAAUAUCUUCAAUAUCUAUGUAGCAUUCAUUUUAAAGUAUGUAUAAAUAUAGUACCACCAGUACCAGUUUAUUCUCAUAGACCAGUAUUCUAAUGUCUUUUUGCAUAUUUCUUACAUUGUGUGCAAUUUCAAGCCUCCAAAAAUGUGAUCAGUAAUCUGAUCCACUGUCCUGGUUUGCAGCUCUAAUUUUAGUCACUGGCAUACCGAGCAGUUGUUUGUUUAGCGUGUCAACUAUUCUUCUCCUUUUUUCUUUUUUUUUUACUUUUAUUCUUUCGGCUUUUGUUUACAGUGAACCUUUUGAUAUUUCAGACAUGAGUCGAGUCAUUAAUUACAAAAUCUUGUAUCAGUGGUCAGUCAUUUUUUAUUUUGCCAAAAGUAAAAAUAUGUCAUUACAAACUCGACAUCAUUCACCUUAUAAAAAAAACCAACACAUUUUUUGUCUUUUAACCCCACAAGCAAUCAGUGUAAAGAGUCUGUGAGUGCAGAAAUGUGUUUUCUCUUUUCCCCUCUGCAUGGGGGGGAAGGGAUUUACUACAAAAGCCUUCCCGAGAUUCCUCUGAUGGCAUGGAAAAUCACCGUGAGUGUGACGGUUCAGUGCUGAGUGGCUCGGAGGGCAAUGAAGAUGAUCGUCAAAAUGAUUCCACAGACAAGCCCGACAACAUUUAGGAUUUUGGCUGUCCUUGAUGCAUCCUGAGCUACAGCUGAUUCUCCAGCAGCAUUUGCAUUUUGUGCCUUACAUAUACAAAAAAAAGCAAUAAUUAACAUCCCAUUCUAUAUCAAAUCCACAUUACAACAUAGUAACAUACUUUUGCAACUAAAUAAAUAAGCAAACAAUAGAAGAAAAAAAGUAUAACAUUGAGGCAAAUUGACUUACCUUGCAGGAACAAACAAUAGCUGCAAUCCCAAGAGGCAAACAACAGCAUAUGGUAUUAAAGAUGGACCAUGCAAGGUAGGAUGGAGCAACAGAUUGGGUCUGGCCUCCUUCCAUAUUUUCUCUGUCUUGUUGGAAGUGGACAGAAGUUGUGCUGUCUUGUUAAGUGUCUGGAUAGUUUGGCUGUUGAGUGUAGCUACCCCCCAUCCUUUUAUCACUGAUGGGUGUGGUUUAAGGGGUUGUAGGACUAAAAGUAGUGUUGGCUGUCGAGUGGAAAACACAAGUUAUCCCCAACAGAUUUCUUAUUACUCAAAUUGCUAAUUUUACAGUUUUGGAAAGAUUUGUCCAUGAUGUCCUUGUGUUUUACUUUCAGUUCAAUA